AUGGUCACCCAGGUCUACAUCAGCGAUUACUCGUGCACCGGCGCGUUGACGGAAUCCGUCGGAAAUCUGACGGAGGUGACGCUGCUCGACUUUUCCAAUAAUUGGCGCAUCGGAGGAAGCUUACCCAAAAGCCUCGCGAAACUCCAGAAGCUCGAAUCGCUCAGCAUUCGCGACAAUAUCCAUGGGAGCCUCUCGGGAGGCCUUCCGGAUUUCCUCGGGAAACUCGCGCGGCUCACGUACCUGGGGCUCCGCGGAACGGGGCUUACGGGGAGCAUUCCGCGCGGGCUUGCGCGGCUGAACCGCCUCGAGUUCCUCGACCUGCAAUGGAAUCGUCUCGACGGCGGAAUCCCCCCGGAAUUGUCCAGCAUGGCGGCGCUCAGCGUGCUUGACUUGGGCGGAAAUAGGUUGACCGGGUCGAUUCCACCGACCCUCGCGAAAAUCAAGGGCCUGAAGCGGCUGAUUCUCGGGAAUAACAAACUCUCGGGUGAACUCCCCGUGUCCGUUAUACUCGCUAUAAAGAGCCUCGAGGAGGUGGAUCUGCGCAGCAAUCGGUUCACUGGUUCGUCUAUCGGCGCCCUUGCUGCCCAUUCGGCUCUGGCGGACAUAAACCUUAGUUGGAAUCUUCUUACGGGCAGGAUUCCGUCCAAGUUCGGGCAGAUGAAAAAGCUGGCGAGUCUGCGAUUGGCUGGGAAUAGGUUCAAGGGAACAGUCCCUGCGGCUCUGUUGAAAGACAUGCCAAACCUGCAUACCUUGGAUCUUUCCUUCAACAGGCUAGGAGGGGAGUUUCCCUGGGCGAACUUGAAAACCACCCCGGUUAUCGAACAUCUUUACCUCCAGCGCAACGCGUUUGUGGGCGCGAUUCCUGCAGACGCGUUUCAGAAGGUCCACGUGGCAAGUUUCAACAUCUCCUUCAAUCUCUUCUCCGGGCCCAUGCCGAAUCUAGGGUUCAUGGGUGGAGAAGAGGAGCCGCCGGUAGACGUGCGCGGGAACUAUUUCUGGGGCAGCCCGGAGUUCAUAAUGUCCAACCGGAAGGUCUGCCCGGAGGAGGGGCAGGAGGAUCCCGACUCAGCAGGAAAGGAGCAGUUCAAGUGCAGGUGUGCAAGUGGGUACAAAUCGGUGCAGGGAAAGCCGCACGAGUGCGUCAAGGCAUGA